AUGUUUGGUCGUUCCAUUAGUAAAUAUGGUGUAAAAUAUACCCGCUAUAUUGGUGAUGGUGAUAGUGCUACCCACAAAGGACUUAUAGAUUUGAAUCCUUAUGAUAUUCCUGUUGCUAAAUUGGAAUGCUAUCUACAUGUGAAAAAAAGAAUGGGAACACGUUGCCGAAAUGUAAAGAAAACUAAUAAGAAUUUAGGAGGAAAAAGUAAAACAUCACAAAAGUUAACUGUAAAUUUAAUAAAUAAACUCCAAAAAUAUUAUGGUCUGGCAAUUAUGAGGAAUCAAGAUAAUGUAGAUGAAAUGUAUAAAGCAAUCUGGGCAACAUUUUAUCAUUUCUGUUCAACUGACAAAAACCCAAAUCAUAAAAAUUGUCCAGAAGGCGCUGAAAGUUGGUGCGCUUAUCGCCGCGCGGAAGCUGAAGGAAUCACUAGUACAUUUAAACACGAUUACCUCCCACUGGAUCCAGAAGUACAAAAAGCUAUAAAACCUAUUUAUGAAGACUUAUCUCGACAUGAAUUGCUUGAUAGAUGUAAAGGUAACAAUACUCAAAACAACAAUGAAAGCUACAACGGUUUACUUUGGCACUUUUCACCCAAGCAUCUUCAUAAUGGCUUCAAAACUAUUGAAUUGUCAAAUAAUUUCGCAACUGCAAUAUUUAAUGACGGUUAUUCGUCAAUUUUGAAGAUGUUCAAUCUAAUGGGAGUGAUAGUUGGACCUGCAGCAAGAGAUUUUGCGGCUCUUAAGGACAACACGAGAAUACGAAUCGCUGAUCAUCGCCAAAGGGCUUCUUCAAAAGAAGGUCGAUCCUCUCGAAGAAAAGCUUCUUCAGCUGAACAAGCCCUUUUCGAAGAAGAGGAAGGUGAAUUAUAUGGCCCUGGAAUAGCAGAUUAGCUAUUUCAUCCACGGAGAAGGCCGGAAUCACUGCAGCAGUGAAGGACCUUUUU